AUGUCUCCCACUUCCUCAACAACAACGCCAACAUGGCAUCAGUUCGAGCGGAAGGUUGACGAGGUCAAACCAUCCAAGACUGACAUCAAUGACUUGGUUAUGGACUACCUCAUCACCAAUGGCUAUCCCGCUGCUGCGAAGAAAUUUGCAGUUGAAGCCAAUAUCCAGCCUAAAAUGGAUGUUGAUUCUAUCCAAGAAAGAGUAGCGAUUCGGACUGCGAUCCACUCUGGUAAUAUACAGGCUGCGAUCGAGAAAAUAAACGAGCUCAACCCUCAGAUCCUGGAUGAAAACCAGUCGUUGCAUUUCGCAUUGCUACGUCUGCAGCUCGUGGAGUUGAUACGCACAUGCACAUCUAAACCUGAUGGGGACAUCAGUCCUGCCCUUGAGUUCGCGACUUUGCAACUUGCUCCCCGGGCACCCACCAAUCCUCAGUUCCUAGAAGAUCUCGAGCGAACCCUUGCUCUCUUGAUCUUCCCGCCUGAAAAUCUCACCCCAUCUCUUGCCCCACUUCUCCACCCAGACCUACGUAAGGAGAUCGCCACCAGCGUCAAUGAGGCCAUACUACAAAGCCAAGGUGCCCGUAAAGAGGCCCGGCUGCGAAACCUCGUCAAAUUGCGCACUUGGGCCGAGCAGAAAGCUCGCGAAGCUAAGAAGGACAUCCCCGAAAAGCUGGACUUUGGGCUUGGUGAUAACAGCAAUAGUGACCAAGACGCCACGAAGGCCAGUCGAAAUGGCACCUCUAAUGACACUGUAAUGACCAAUAGCGGAGACGUUGAUCCGAUGAUCUCGUGA